AUGUCCGAAUUAAAUAGAGAUGUUCUUUACUUGAUAAUUAAAGAAUUACAAAAUGAUAAAAAAGCAUUGGUUUCAUGUCUAUUAGUUAAUAAAGUGUUUUGUGAAACAACCGUUCCAAUUUUAUGGGAAAAUCCUUGGAAAUUCCUAACGUUAUUAAAGAAGUAUAAAAAAAUGUUAUUAAAAGUAAUCAUUUCUCAUUUAUCAGAUGAAUCAAGAAAUAAUUUAAAUAAACAAAAUUUAUUAAUAAAUUCAUAUCAAAGACCUUUAUUCAACUAUAUUGGUUUUUGUAAACAUUUAAAUUUUGAUAUAAUCCAGAAAGUUAUAAACACCAUUAAAAAAAAGUCUGAAAUUCCUUUAAUUAAAAAUGAAAUAUUCAAACUUUUUAUUAAUGAAAAUAUGAAAUUUACACACCUUUAUAUACCCAAACAUUUUGAUUAUCAAAUAAAUUUUGUAGUUGCCAAACAAUGCUUAUCAGAAAUUAAAUUUUUUAAUUGUAGCACAAAUAUAGAUGAUAAUGUUUUGAUGGGAUUAAUAGAAAUUUGCAAAUCAAUCAAGGAAUUGGAACUUUGUUUUUUAGUUCAUGAAUAUCAUAAUAAUGGAAUUGGUAGAUUGAUUGAAACUCAAAAAAACUUGUUUAGUGUUAGUUUAAUAGAUUAUUAUUACCCUACUCUAUCAUUUGAUGAAACUAUUCAAAAUGCAUUGAUCAAACAUUCAAGUACUAUUCAUUAUUUAAAUAUAACCCAGCCACCCAUAAAACUUCUUUCAUCUUUUGUAAAUUUAAAAGUACUUGAAUUAAAUGAUAAAAGACAGGUGGAUUUUUCAUGGAAUUAUUCUUUACCUCACUUACAAAUUUUACGAGUUAAAUUUUUUUCAGAGAAAGCGUUAAUAGAUUUAAUUAAAAGUACAAACGGGUCACUUAUUGAAAUAAAAUUUGAUUAUUGUAACAAUUGGUUUAGAAGUUUAGAAGUCAUUCAAGCUAUACAUCAGAGCUGUCCAUAUCUUAAAUAUCUUAAAUUAGUAAUCACAGAUGGUAAUAUUCUAGAGUUUGAAAAAAUUGAAAAAAUAUUAAUUAAUUGUUCAUAUUUAAGUGUAUUAUAUAUUGUUGCUGAGUUAAUUUAUGGUUGGGAUGUUUUAUUAGAGAUAUUAACAAAAUCAUCUUCAGCUAAUUUAUUUAAAUUUAAAUUUCGAAUUAUAUUCUCUGGUCCAUCAGAUCCUACACCUUUAAAGUUAUUUUUUGAUAAUUGGAAAGGCAAGCGUCCUAUAUUAUUAAGCUUUGAUAAGAAAGUAUCAGUUCGUAUGGAAGAUUUAUUAAAGGAAUAUGAGGCAAAAGGAAUUAUUAAAAAUUAUAAUAAUAAUUUGUGUGAUGAUAAUGAUGGUUUUGAUUUGUGUUUUUAG